AUGUCGACCGAUCCGUCCCAAUCUCACAACCCAUUUUUGGCCUCACUAGCUACACCACAGCCGCCUCAAGAACGCAAGUCGAAUGCGAUCGACGAUCUUCUCGGUCUCGAUCUCGGCUCGCCUCAGCCUGCUGAGCUAGCAUCGCCUACGCAGGCGUCUUCUCUCACGAAGCAGCCUGCCAUGACCCCCUUUGUCGAUACAAAUGUGCCUCAUGGUCCAAACAUUUUGACGUCGUCUCCCGUCUCGAUGCACCCAUCCAAAAAUCCGUUCCUGGCCGCCCCAAGUGCCGAGUCCACAACGACGAGGGCGCCACCUGCUUCCGAGCCCGGCGCCCCAGUUCUAGGCGCGCCCAUCGCGGCGUCUCCAUUAGGCGCUGCAGAGCCCUUCAACUACCUUACAACUACGGCGACCUCGCCGGUCGCCAUGCCACCGAUCGGGUCGGAUCGCACCGCAGACCAGUCCACGACCGCGGCGACCCAUGCUCAAGAGCAAAUCGAUGCCGAUGCACAGCUCGCGCAGAGCCUAGCUGCUGCUGAUAUUCAUAACGAUACGCAAUGGUCCGUCAAAGACAUUGUGUGGCGUGGUCGUGAUGCCAAAAUUAUCAUGCAGAAUGAAAACGGCCCAUGUUCCCUGAUUGCGCUUACCAAUGUCUUGCUGCUCCAAAAUCGAGUGCAGAUUACACCACCAGACCGUCCUGCCGUAUCCUAUGCCUACGUAUCCGACAUGUUGGCUGAUUACUUGCUCGAGAUCCACGCGGACCCAACGCAGCUGAGCCGCGUGCUGAAUGUGUUACCCAAGCUUAUGCAGGGAUUCCAGAUCGACGUGUUCUUCGAUCAACCCACGCAUUUCGGCUCUGAUACAGGUGCAGACACAUCGGCAGAGCUCUUGCUCUUCCGUUUGGCACAGGUCCCGCUCCUUCAUGGCUGGCUGCCAGAUCCAUCGGACACUUCCUUGUACCGCUCUAUGCAGCAAGUGCGCAGCUACAACGGUGCUACCACGGCGCUUGCCAAUGAAGAGGCACAGUCAGUCCGGGACUCGUCGACCAAGGAGGUGCGCGAAUUCCUGCAUGCGUACCCCACGCAGCUUACGCCCUGGGGUCUCCAUGCCGUGUCGAAUGCGAUCCCACCGGGCGGACUUGCCGUGCUGUUCCGAAACUCUCAUCUGUCUGUCGUAUACCGUCGCCGUGAAGACGAGGGCGUCUCCUCGAUGCCGGCUCUCUACAUGCUCGUUACCGAUGCCGCCUUCCAGAUGGACGACCGCACCGUGUGGGAAAGCCUCGAAGACACCAACGGGCACCACACUCGCUUCUUUGAUGCACAAUUCGAGCAAGUGGCUCGCUCAGAACGCGCAUGGGGCGUCACUCCGAAUGGCGUCGGAUCAGGCACCAAUGCUGACUAUGCACUGGCCGUGCGCCUGCAGCGCGAAGAGCGCGAACGUGCUCGGGCCGCUCAACGCGCGCGGCAGCACCAUCGAGAACUGUCCCUUGGAAGAAGACCUGCUGAAGGCGACACAGGUGGCGCAUCAACGCAGCGCCGCCUCUCCAAGAUGCUGCCCAAGAUGCUCCGGAAGGGCUUUAAGAAGUAG